GAGGACAGCUCUGCCUAGCUCGCCUCGCAGAGAAAUACAAUUACAAUCCCAGAAGAAGAGCGGCGCAAAAGAGCUCUUUUCCGCUCUCACGCACAUCACUCUUGCCUGCCCUGAGAAAUUACAAUAUUCAUCACCAGCUGAACAGCCCUCUGUAUUCUCUCUUUCACUAGCAAAGACGCUCAAUUUCCUCUCAUCUGCUGAGGUCCCAGGAUUCUCGAGCUGUGCCCAGCUGACAAGCUUUUGAAGAUGGCACAAUAACAAUCGAGUGAUGCCUGACCAUGACAGCGCAGCCCUCUUAAGCAGACAAACCAAGAGAAGAAGAGUUGACAUUGGAGUGAAAAGGACUGUAGGGACAGCAUCUGUGGUUUUCGCUAAAGGAAGAACAACCUUAUUCAGUGCCAUGAAUCCCCACGGUUCAGAGCAGGACGUCGAAUGUUCAGUGGUGCAGCAUGCAGAUGGGGAGAAGUCAAACGUGCUCCGCAAGCUGCUGAAGAGGGCAAACUCAUACGAAGAUGCCAUGAUCCCUUUUCCUGGAGCAACUAUCAUUUCCCAGCUGCUGAAAAAUAACAUGACCAAAAAUGGUGGCACAGAGCCCAGCUUUCUAGGCAGUGGGCUCUCAAGCACAGGCUCAGAGAUUCACCACGAGGAUGUCUGCAGUAACUCUUCACGAGAAAGCCCCCAAGAGUGUCUUUCCCCAUUCAGCAGGCCGACCAUGAGCCAGUUUGAUAUCGAGCGUCUUAGCGAUGAGCACCUGAGAGCCAAGCGGGCCAGAGUGGAGAACAUAAUACGCGGUAUGAGCCACUCUCCCAGCGUUGCUCUACGUGGAAAUGAGAAUGACAGAGAGGGGGCGCCACAGCCCCCCAGCCCCCGGGAGAGUUACCGGGAAAACAAGCGUAAGCAGAAGCUGCCCCAGCAGCAGCAACAGAGCUUCCAGCAGCUGGUUUCAGCCAGAAAGGAGCAGAAGCACGAGGAGCGCAGGCAGCUGAAACUGCAGCUGGAGGACAUGCAGAAGCAGCUGCGACAGCUUCAAGAGAAGUUCUACCAAAUCUAUGACAGCACAGAUUCAGAAAACGAAGAAGAUGGUAACUUGUCUGAAGACAGCAUGCACUCGGAUGGCAUGGACCACCAGGCCCAAGACUCGGUGCCUGACCGAUUAGACAACGAAAUGUCCGACUUGGACCCAGGGCAUUUCCUCGACCGUGCACGUGCCCUCAUUAGGCAACAGACAAUGGUGACAGAAAAUCCUAAAAGAGACAGCCAGAGAGGGAAAGACCAAGGGCCAGCCUCCAUGCACACGGAAGGCAAGCAGCUGGCUGAGACAUUGAAACAGGAACUGAACACCGCCAUGUCCCAGGUAGUGGACACAGUGGUUAAGGUCUUCUCAAAACCUGUUCCUCAGGUCUUCCCACCCCUCCAGAUGCCUCAAGCCCGGUUUGCUGUCAAUGGGGAGAACCCAAACUUCCACACCACUAACCAGCGGUUGCAGUGCUUUGGCGAUGUCAUCAUUCCCAACCCACAAGAUACUUUUGCCAACAUACAGGUGCCUAGCUCCAAUGACCAGAUAGAAGCACUGCCCCUGGUGGUUCGAAAGAACUCAUCCGACCAAUCAUCCUCCGCUCCCACCCCUAUUGGCCAUCACCAUCACCACCCUUCCCUGCAUCCGUCUCCACUGUCAGCCACUGUGGGCUUUGGCUCUCCUUCUUUCCGUCACCCCUUCCCCCUUCCCCUCAUGGGCUACCCAUUUCAGAACCCUUUAGGCACCCCUUCGGGUUCCUAUUCGGGCAAAGACAGGGCGUCUCCAGAAUCAUUGGACUUGUCCAGGGAGACCACUAGCCUACGGACCAAGAUGUCAUCCAGUCAUCACAUGAACCAUCGAUCGUGCUCACCUUCAUACCCAGGCAGCACAACUGAAGGCCUAUCUUUGUCCCUCAUAAAGUCUGAGUGUGGAGACCUUCAGGACAUGGCAGAGAUUUCACCUUAUUCAGGAAGUACAAUUCAGGAAGGACUUUCACCUAAUCACCUAAAAAAGGCAAAGCUGAUGUUCUUUUACACCAGAUACCCCAGCUCCAACAUGCUCAAGAUGUUCUUCUCUGAUGUGAAGUUCAACAGAUGUAUCACCUCUCAGCUCAUCAAGUGGUUCAGCAACUUUCGAGAGUUCUACUACAUUCAGAUGGAGAAGUUUGCACGGCAAGCGAUCAAUGAUGGUGUCACAGGCACAGAGGAACUGAAUGUCACUCGGGACUGUGAGCUGUACAGAGCCCUCAACAUGCACUACAACAAGGCAAAUGACUUUGAGGUUCCGGAGCGAUUCCUGGAAGUGGCUCGGAUCACGUUACGGGAGUUUUUCAAUGCCAUUGUUGCAGGCAAAGAUGUUGAUCCUUCCUGGAAGAAGGCCAUAUACAAGGUCAUCUGCAAGCUGGACAGUGAAGUCCCUGACAUUUUCAAAUCUCCCAACUGUCUUCAAGAACUUCUGCAUGAGUAAAGAUUUCCACUGCUUUUUUUUUUCUGAAUGUAAAAAAAAGUAGCUUUCCUAAUUGAUGCCCGGUCCAACUAUUCUGGGUAUCUUAGUUCCUCCUCUUUAUUUUAUUUUGUUUCUUUUAAUACUUUAACCCUUUGGAUGUUUUGACUGUGUGAACCCCCUCCUACUUUCCCUGCUUGUGAAAUUAGGGGAUUAUUAUUUUUCCAUAGCCUUGUGGCUAAUUGUACUGUUAACUUGAAAAUCUUCUGCUUUUGUCACUAAAAGGAUUAGAUUUCAUGGAGAGAAGUUUGAAGAGUGUUAAGACAUUGCAGAGUAGGGCAUUAUGUUAUAAAUUGUAUAGAUUUUAUUAUUAUUAUUAUUAUUAUUAUUAUUAUUAUUAUUAUUAUUAUUUUUGCAUGCAACAAAUGACAAAACUGGUAUUACCAUUUUCUUAAGUUAGAUGUUAUGUGACACAACACUACAUUAUUAUUUGAGGUAAAAAAAAAUACUAACAUUUGGGUUCUGUUUAGUAUUAGGGACUGUGACAGAUGUUUUGUCAAAAUGCCACAUUAUCUUUUUUGGAAAGAAGAAUUCAAAAUAUGUUUUUGUGUAUAUGUUUUUGUACUCUUGUGUAGUACUAACACCUGCCAAGAGAUGGCCCCACUCCUCAACCUUUUCCUCGACAGAAUCACCUUUCCUGUAACUAAGCAACAUGGCCAUUUUCAUAUGGAGGCUAGCCAGUUUUGUACAAAAUAUGGAUGCUUUCCUGCAGAGAGGCUACUCUAGCUCAUGCGCAUGUGUGCAUACACACACACACACAUACACACACACACACACACACACACAAAACACUAACAUAUAGAAAACUGUUCUGGUUUUCUAAAUUGGGUCAGGUGGUGUUUCACUCUCCAGUUACUGAAAAGAAAGUGGUCUUUUAUUUUUAUGAAAUCUAAAAAUAGUACUUUUCUAAAUUUAUAAAUCUGUCAUCAAAGACUAAUAUUUUGAGCACAUAUUAGAGAUAUAUUGACGGUGCAAUAUUCCCCGCACAGAACAUACUUCUCUAAGGUUCUCUGCACUUUUUCCACAUUAAAGCAUUUUUGUCUUUGAGAAGAAUAUAUUGAAUCGUCCUCAGAUGGAAUUUUUUUUUUUGUGAUUCGUUUAAUUUCUAUAUGAGUAAAUUAAGUCAGAGCUGUGAAUAGACAAAGCUUUUCUGUAUUUUAUUUCUUAUUGUACUUGAACAGUUGAAAUAUAAAGUCUCACUGUAAAAAUGUAUCUGGAAGUGUUUUUGGUAGAAAAUAAAAAAAAAUAGUAAAGACUUCUGACAGCACAUAUGUCUGACUAUUCAGAAGCUUAAUGUGUAUAUACACCAUAUAAUUACAUGAACAUUAGCGUGAAGGGAGAAAUAUGUGAUGUAUAGCACCGAUCAUUCCACAACUGGAAUAGAUAAGUGUAGGAAAUCUUUAUAUAAAAAUUGUUAUUUUUCUUUAAAAGAUAUACAUGAUAUAUAUGAUCGCUCCAGUUUAAAUGAAGCUGUUUUAAAGGUUUGAAAUUGCCUUUAUCUGGGUUUUUUUUAGGCUUCCAUUCAUAGAAUAUGAAUAAAAGUAGCCUUCUGAGAAGCACAACUUUGUACUCUUAGAGUUUUUUUAUUUAAUUUUGGAGAGUGAAAAUUGUCCAUGUGACUGCACAGCUAACAUAACCACUAGUCUGACAUUAGGAAAUACAGCUGAUGAACUGAAAUACAGGAAAGCAAUUAUUGUCAGCACAAUGCCUUAAAAACCUGCUGACUUUUAAAUUAAACAGCACAAUGCCUGCAAUGCCCUGUCAUUAUUCCCAAGCACUGGCAGUAUCUGCAGACUUUGGACAAUGCAGACAAUAGCAUAAAUGAAGUGCCAACAUUUUCACUAUGCACCAAAAAACAGAGCCAUCUUCUUAAUCUUACCCUCCCCCUAAUAGUGCUGAUUUUUAAAAAUGGUUUCAUGUGAUCCUUUAGUCACCUCAUCCAUGAGGCAAAAUACACCUCUUGUCUUGGUUUAUUUAGCUUAUUUCUAGAGAUCUGCAGAUCUGCAGGGUUUUUUUCCCCUUUAAUUAACAAUGGCUCUAUAGUAAAUACAUUAGUUAUCAUAAUGCUAGUUAAUUUAAGCCAUAUUAGUACUGUACAUUAAAUAAUCAACUUAUUCUUGCAGUUAAUACCACUAUAUGUAAUGCAUCAUGACAUCUACAACAAAAAGCCUAUCAGUCCAAGUAAGUAUUUUAUGUCUCAACAUCAUUACAUACCAGUAGCUAGCUGUACAACCAUCUGGGAUUCAGAGAAGGGGUGUCUUUAAAACACAAAGCUUGGAUUUUAGGUGAAACAAUACUUUAUAUCCACCUGUAGUUAUAUUUAAAUUGGCUAUUAAAUGAUUGCUUCUUUCAUAGCCAUACUGCCUUUGUGCCUCUGUGUGUUAUGAGGUUAUUAUAACUCUCAAGUUGCUUAGCCUAAUAACUCUCCGCUGUGCACAAUUUCCAUAUAAUGGCUAAAAGACAAGAGGCUUACUUUUUCAUAGUAACACAUCUUCAAGUCUUUAAAAAAGAAUAAAUUCCAUAUUGCUGUUUUUUGUGCUUACGGAUUUAAUUCUACUUAAAAACUUAAAAGCACCAGCGCAAGUACUAGUCCCCUCCACAAGUACAAUGGUUCUUGUGCCUCCUGUGGCUAAUAAGUUCAUCAUUCUUUAGGUUUUAAUUUAAAUUACUACAAUUGCAAUAAACACUGGAUUUUCUUUUUUUUUUUUUUUUUGAUGUUUAACAUAAUUGGUGAUAGCUAUGCAUAUACUGUGUCUUUUAA